AUGAUCGGGCAUAUGCUGUUCAGUACUAGUCUCUUCCGCCUUCUUCUUGUUCACUGUCCAAUAUGUGAUGACUUGGCUAUCGUGUCUGAGCAACAAAGCUGGGUAAUUACUUUGUAUGCGGUCACGUUCGCCUCUUCUUUUGCGUCUUGGGGACGUGUUAGCGAUAUACUAUCACCCAAACUUGUUUUCUGUUAUGGCUUUCUUACCGUAGUAUUUGCAAAUCUCAUUCUUUCUUUUUUGCAAUGUAACACCGCCACCAUCAUCGCAGGCAUUAUCGAGUUCAUACCAAAUCAAGCCAAAUGCAAUCUUGGAGAUUGUUUUUCCGAAUUGUCGCCGCUGUUCGUAUGCCUUCCACAAUAUGUGGCUUCCUCCUCAUCCCGGUUGAAGAUUUCAAGGCUACAUACAUCGAAGCGAUCUUGGGUGGAGUUGACGAAACGGCUGGAUCCGGUUGGGAUCAGCACACUGCUAUCUUCGAUCAUCCUGCUCAUCUUAGGAUUGACUUUGGGUGCUUCCUACGGUUGGACGUGUGCAGGGUUUCUAGCUCCUCUGAUUCUCGGAGCCUUACUCCUCCCAAUAUUUUUCUGGUGGGAAUCAACGCUUCCCGAUGAGUACGCCAUAUUACCGUCUUCAGUGUGGCGUAUUCCGAACGUCGCUGUUCUCGUCGUCUUUGCGUUGAUCACUCUCGGGUGGUGGGCGGUCAAUUUCAUACCUUUCAUUGAAUUAUACCACAAAGUUCACGGUGAACGGAUGAUCAUCGCCGCCGUGCGAACUUUACCAGAGGGGAUCAUAGCUGGAAUCGUCAGUGUAUUGUACAUUACGCAACCUGGACUCCUCGCUCAGCCUCGCUAUCCUAUCAUUAUCGCCAUGUGCCUCUGUGUCGCCGCAUAUGCUAUGUGGUGUCAGGCCCCCAGCUUGAUAGGUAGUGAUUACUGGCGGUAUAUCUUUCCUGGUAUGAUUAUCGGCUCCGGAGGGAUGCAGGUGGUGCUCCUGAGUACCAAUGUCGGUAUCAUGCUCGCCGCUCCUCCAGAGAGAACGGGAACAGUCGGCGCUAUCUUACAAAUGUCGAUGCAAACCAGCAGCGUUUUUGCGUUAUCGAUUCAGGCUGGUUUGUUGACAUUGCACCCAGGCGGGCUGGAAGAUCUGCGUAAUGUUCAUGCUUCAUGGUAUUUCGAGAUGGGUUGGACAGCGCUCUGGCUUGUAGGAUUCGUCAUAUUCUACCGUCCUAGCAAAAGAGCCUGA